CAGUAGUGUACCACCAGCACUACGGGGAGUAAUUAGGGUUUCGGCGACGGUGAUCAUGGAGGAUGGCCGGCGGCCAACGGCGGCGGAGGUAAUAGGGAAAUUGAAGGACGACGGGGAUUUCGACACUCUCCGCCUCAAGAUCAUCCGCAAGGUCAAGGAGAAUGAGGAGCUAAGAAACAACAUCAUAGCAGAGGUGAAGCAAUCUGUGGUUCUUAAUGAGGACGGGGCCGAGAAUUUGAAACCAAGACAACUUUCUGAUGGUAUUUAUCAAGAAAUUGGGAACAAAAUCAUGGGACAAAUUUCAGACGAGCUAUGGAAAGUUAUCAGAUCAAACUAUGGCAUGAAGAAUGACAUUAGAGAGACGGUGGAGUCUGUUUACAACAGAUUAAUCAACCCCAAAAAGAAAGAAGAACAAUCUUCUCCCCCUCGGCAGAAGCCAUCAAAGAGGAAAAAAGAAAAAAAUCAUUCCUCCCCUUCACAGCCGCUAACCGGUGGCAAAGAAGAUAACUCCCCUUCGACGGCAGUAUCUACACACAAAACAAAUAUUUCUGAUGGCAGCGAACCAACUGAACCACCCGGCUUUGUUCCAUCGAAUCAGCACGUCAAUGGCAACAAGGAAGAGCAGAAGGAUAGACCGCAUUGUGUUCCAGAGAUGCUCGAGCCAAGCAUUGAUGAACUGCCACCCGGCUUUGCUCCACAGCACGUUGAAACUAAGCCGGUGAUCGGUGUCGGUGAGGAGGACCCUGAUGUUCCUCCUGGUUUUGGUUGAGGGUGCUCAGAGUUGCGUCGCAAUUGUAUUUCUAACUACAAAUAUAAACUUCAGCAAAAGUUCGAUUUGAUUUUCGGGUCAUGAGCACUCUCUCAUAUUGCUAAUUGCUCUUUUCUUGGCAAUUUUGCAGUCUUUUAUUGUGGUAUCAGAAUUCAGAAACAUAAUAUUAGUCUGUACAAGUCUGUAAAUUUCUGUUGCAAAGAAUUAUCUCAACUCAAGAUGGUCUCUUGUAAAAGUGUCAAUCAUGAAGAAAUAAUAAUAAUAGUUUUUUUUUUUUUUUC